UCUGGUGGCUGAACCAACUGAAGAUGGACCAACAGUUUCUGUUUUUCCUCCUGAUUCUGAUCAUAUCAGGCUCCGCCUCUGUCGCCUGGAAGAUGAAGACUCCCCUGAUGGUCACUGCUUCCAGGGGAGAAGACGCAGUCCUCAACUGCUCUGUCUAUCCCGACAGACUGGAUUACUCUGACAAAAUCACGGUUAAAUGGGCCAAAAGUCAGGCAGAAAGUCCAUUCUUUGAAUGUUCUGUUAGGAACGACACGUUGGAAGGACCACAUGACUGUUCAGUGUUAAAGUAUUCCCUGUUUGGAGACCCUCGGAGGGGGGAGCUCUCUCUGCUCAUCACUAACGUCCAGCUGAAUGAUGGAGGAACCUUCUUCUGUAAAGUGGAGCUGGUUGGAAACAGAAAAUUACAAGACAAGAUCCAGCUCGAUGUGAAAGCUCCGCCUCACAUCUUGAGUCUCUCAGUGGUGAAUUCAACCUGCGGUCAUUCCAGCAGCGCCUCCCGAUGGCUGAUAUGUGAAGUUGAAGGCCAUCCGGUGCCUAAAGUCGUCUGGCUGUCGGCCUCGAAGCGUCUUUUAGAGAACCAGGGCCACAGCUUUAAGUCUGGAGAGUGGAGCUUAAAGGCCUGCAUCCCAUACCUGCAGCAGGGGGAGGAGGUGGUCACCUGCAGGGCGGAGAACAGCGAGGAUCAUGCAGAGAGGAGCUUCCCAGACAGUAAUACUCUGACCAUGUUUGUGAUCGUGGUUAGUGCCAUUGCACUGAUGUUGCUGUGUCCAGUCUUCAUCUGCAUCCUCAUCAUCUGCCUCAGAAACCAUCGGCAGCGGCGUCUCUCAGAUCCUCCAGCUGAUGGAGCAGAACUUCAGCCGGUUUACUCAGAGAUCAGCUGUGAGUCCAGUCUGUUCAUAAACACCAGAAAUAACCAAUUUUAG